UGCCCCGCGUUCCAGCAGUGUUUUUGUACGCAAUUACCCCUCCACGCCAGACAUGCCACCUCGAGUUGAGCCCUCUCAUUGGCUGCUUUCGAGCUCUGCACGCCGCACCCAUCCAAUUCCAUCCCACUUUCACUUGCACGGUUGCGAAGGUCCCAGUAGAACCGCCGCAACUCUCCCCGUCCUGCUCCUCCCACUGUCAUAGUCAGUCCACGACAACACACACACACACCUUUUACCUAACCUGACUUCUUACAUACCCCCUUUUUCUUGUUUUUAGCCUGAUCUCUAUAUACCUUCUCUUGGUCAAUUCGAUACCCAAGAGAUCACCGUCCUCCAAUCUCUAGCUUCGACUACACUUCGUACCGCCCAAAAUGCCUCAAGCAUCCAGCCUUCCCGCUUGGGCCGAGCUCCAGGCUCACCGCGACAACGUCGGCAAGAACUUUGUCCUGAAGGAAGCCUUCGCAUCCGACACGGAUCGCUUCGCCAAGUUCAGCCGUACCUUCAAGAACUCGGCCUCGGGCACCGACAUCCUAUUUGACUUUUCAAAGAACUUCCUUACCGAUGAGACCCUCCACCUCCUCGUCAAGCUCGCCGAGCAGGCCGACCUCGAGAAGAAGCGCGAUGCCAUGUUCGCCGGCGAGAAGAUCAACUUCACCGAGAAGCGCGCCGUCUACCACUCCGCCCUCCGCAACGUCGGCGACUGGGACAUGAAGGUCGACGGUGUCGACGUCAUGGGCAACAAGGGCGGUGUCCGCGAGGUUCUCGAGCACAUGAAGGAGUUCUCCGAGCAGGUCCGCAGCGGCGAGUGGAAGGGCUACACCGGCAAGAAGCUCACCACCAUUGUCAACGUCGGUAUCGGAGGUUCCGAUCUCGGCCCCGUCAUGGUCACUGAGGCCCUCAAGCACUACGGUGCCAAGGACCAAACCCUCCACUUCGUCUCCAACAUUGACGGCACCCACAUGGCCGAGGCCCUCGCCAACUCGGAUCCCGAGACCACCCUCUUCCUCAUCGCUUCCAAGACCUUCACCACCGCAGAGACCACCACCAACGCCAACACGGCCAAGUCAUGGUUCCUCGAGAAGACGGACGGCAAGGGCGAGAUCGCCAAGCACUUUGUUGCUCUGUCCACCAACGAGGAGGAGGUCACCAAGUUCGGCAUCGACGCCAAGAACAUGUUCGGCUUCGAGAGCUGGGUUGGCGGUCGUUACUCCGUCUGGAGUGCCAUUGGCCUCAGCGUCGCCAUUUACGUCGGCUACGACAACUUCCACAAGUUCCUUGCUGGUGCCCACGAGAUGGACAAGCACUUCCGCGAGACUCCCCUUGCGGAGAACAUCCCCGUUCUGGGAGGUCUCCUGAGCGUCUGGUACUCUGACUUCUUCCAGGCCCAGACCCACCUGGUUGCUCCAUUCGACCAGUACCUGCACCGCUUCCCCGCCUACCUCCAGCAGCUUUCCAUGGAGUCCAACGGCAAGACCAUUACCUCUGACGGAACCCCCGCCAAGUACACCACCGGACCCAUCCUCUUCGGCGAGCCCUGCACCAACGCCCAGCACUCCUUCUUCCAGCUCGUCCACCAGGGCACCAAGCUGAUCCCCGCCGACUUCAUCUUGGCCGCCAAGAGCCACAACCCCAUUGGCGACGGUGUCCACCAGAAGAUGCUUGCCUCCAACUAUUUUGCCCAGGCCGAGGCCCUGAUGGUUGGCAAGACCGCUGACCAGGUCCGCGCCGAGGGUGCUCCCGAGGAGCUUGUCCCCCACAAGAUCUUCCUCGGCAACCGUCCUACCACCAGCAUCUUGGUCGGUGGCCACAUCGGCCCUGCCGAGUUGGGUGCUCUGAUUGUCUACUACGAGCACCUCACCUUCACCGAGGCCGCCAUCUGGGACAUCAACGCCUUUGACCAGUGGGGUGUCGAGCUGGGCAAGGUCUUGGCCAAGAAGAUUCUCAAGGAGCUUGACGAGGCCGGCAACGGUGAGGGCCACGACGCCUCCACUGGUGGUCUGAUUGGCGCCUUCAAGAAGUACUCCAACUUGUAAUGAAUAAUGUUCCUCUGUCCUUUGGUAGUUUCAUAAAAUUGGAAAGAAAAGAGAUGGCGUGAAGAGCGGUUUACGACCUGAUCAAGCUAGUAGCAUACAAAAAUGAAGAAUUAUUGUCCACACCU